GAAAUGGGUGAUGAAAUUGUCUCUGUUGUUAUCGACAAUGGAUCUGGUGUGUGCAAAGCUGGAAUGGCUACAGAAGAAAAGCCCCAUGAGUUUCCAUCCAUUGUUGGAUGCCACAAGUACAUGGUGAAGAUUCACUAUCAAAGAAGAAACUACAUGGGAAACGAGGCCCAGGAGAGGAGAGGCGUGUUGGCCUUAAAAUACAUCACUGACGAGAACUUCAACACCGACUGGGAUGAACUGGCAAAGCUGUGGUAUCAUGCCUAUGACUCUGAGCUCCGGGUGAAUCCUGGAGAACAUCCACUGCUGCUGUCAGAGGCUGCAGCGACACCCAAACCCUGCAGGGAGAAGAAAACUCAGAUCCUUUUUGAGGUCUUUCAUGUUCCUGCCUUGUACUUGGCCAAUCAGUCGGUCCUGUCUCUGUUUGCUACUGGUCACACCACAGGUCUGGUGGUGGAAUCUGGUGAUGCUGUCAGCCACACUGUCCCAAUAUAUGACGGCUACUGUCUGCCCCACGCCGUCUGCUGCACAUCCGUGUCUGGAAGAGGCCUGACGGAGUACCUGGUCAGGAUCCUCAUGGACAAAGGCCACUACUUCACAACCAGCGCUGAGCGGGAAAUAGUUCGAGACAUGAAGGAGAAGCUCUGCUACGUGGCUUUAGACGUUGAGCAGGAAACAAUGACGGCGUCUUCCUCUACCUCACUGGAGAAGAUCUACAGGCUUCCAGAUGGACGAGAAGUCCAGAUCUGCAGCGAGAGGUUCCGCUGUCCAGAAGUUCUCUUCCAACCAGAUUUAGUUGGAAACGAGUCAGCUGGUCUUCAUGAGAACAUCUGCAGCAGCAUCAUGAAGUGUGACAUUGACAUCCGGACAGAGCUGUAUUCCAACAUUCUCCUUUCUGGAGGCUCCACCAUGUUCCCUGGAUUCGCUGAGCGCGUGCAGAACGAGGUCACUGCUCUGGCUCCGGCUGGCGUCAGGAUCAAGAUUGAGGCUCCACCGUGCAGGAACAUCUCUGCCUGGCGAGGCGGCGCCGUCCUGGCCGGCCUCUCCUCCUUCCAGCAGAUCUGGGUCACCAAACCGGAGUACGACGAGUCGGGCCCCACGAUCGUCCACCGCAAAUGUUUCUAA